GGCUGCCGGGAUUAGAACCGGCGCCCAUAUGGGAUCCUGGCGCAUUCAAGGCUAGGACUUUAAAAACCUGAUUUGUAGCAGUAACCAUAAAGGUUGUUGAGUGGCUCUGCCGAAGUACUUAAAACCUUCAUGACAUAAAGUUGAGGCUGAAUUAGGGUUGAAAAUCACAGUGAUUUUAGGCUCAUGUUCUUAAAACGGUGAUGGGCAAGUGUUGCAGCCGGAAGCUGCCACUAGGGGUGCUGCUAUCCUGAACUGAAGGGCCUGGCCUUGAGUCCCUGUUUUGCUGACCUGGCUUCGUGAAAAUACAUACCACAGGAGACAACAAGUGAUGCACAAGGAAUUGGGUCCCUCAUAACUGCGUAAGUGGCCCAAAAGGGUUCCAGAUUUAAUUAGCCCUAUGCAGCUCUGUCUAUUGCAGUCAUUUGGAGUAUGAACCAGUAGGUGGCAGCUAUUUCCCUCUUUUCGUGUCAUUCUUUCAAAUAAAUAAAGUAAGGCUUUUUUAAAGAUUAUUUUUAUUUGGGAGAGAAAUCUUGCAUCUCCUACUUAGAUGCAGAGGCCCAGAGACUUGAGCUAUCCUCUGCUGCCUCCCAGGCCAUUAGCAGGAAGCUGGAUCAGAAGUGGAGCUGCUGGGACUGGAGCUGACGCCCACAUAGGACGCUGGGGCCACAGGUGGAAGCUUAGCCUGCUACUCAGCGACACCAGCCCCAAAAUAAAGUACUUUUUUAAAAGGUUGUAAAGUAAACUAAAUAAAUGGCUUUGAGCAUCAAAUAGAUCAUAAUUAUCCUACAGUUAUAUGCUAUGAUCAGAUUUAAUGCCUAUUAAAUUUAACUGUUUUGCUGAUUUGCAUAUUUGUUUCUUUACAGAUUUCUUUACCUACAGGAAAAAAAUUGACACUCUGCAUCCUGGCAGUUCAUUUAAGAAUCUGAAAUUGGGGACUUUUAAAUUUGGACAUGGCUAAUCGAGGAGCAACGAGACCCAAUGGGCCAAAUACUGGAAAUAAAAUAUGCCAGUUCAAACUAGUCCUUCUGGGAGAGUCUGCUGUUGGCAAAUCGAGUCUAGUGCUUCGUUUUGUGAAAGGCCAAUUUCAUGAAUUCCAAGAGAGUACCAUUGGGGCUGCUUUUCUAACUCAAACUGUGUGUCUUGAUGACACGACAGUAAAGUUCGAAAUAUGGGACACAGCUGGUCAGGAACGAUACCAUAGCCUAGCACCCAUGUACUACAGAGGAGCACAAGCAGCCAUUGUUGUGUAUGACAUCACGAAUGAGGAAUCCUUUUCCAGAGCAAAAAACUGGGUUAAAGAACUUCAGAGACAAGCAAGCCCUAACAUUGUAAUAGCUUUAUCAGGAAACAAGGCUGACCUAGCAAAUAAAAGAGCUGUGGAUUUCCAGGUAUUAAAACUGAAUAUUUCUAAGGAACGUAUCUUUUUGUUUUGUAAACAGGAAGCACAAUCCUAUGCAGAUGACAAUAGUUUAUUAUUCAUGGAGACAUCAGCUAAAACAUCAAUGAAUGUAAAUGAAAUAUUCAUGGCAAUAGCUAAAAAGUUGCCAAAGAAUGAGCCACAGAAUCCAGGAGCGAAUUCUGCUAGAGGAAGAGGAGUGGACCUGACGGAACCCACACAGCCAACCAGGAGUCAGUGUUGUAGUAACUAAGCCUCCAGUCUGAACUCGCUGGAGCGUUCUGCUUCCCAUGUGUAAAUAACAAUGGAAAUGGAGCGUUGAACCAGCCCAGGAUGACUUCAAAAGGAAGAGACUUACGAUAGUGUCGAGUUUCUAAUUCAGAUUUUAAGUGUUUUUGAACUUAAUUUUUAAUACCAUGCAUGUAUUCCUCUGACUAAUGUUUCGGCAGUAGGAAGGAAUGGGGAGUGCCCUGUGCACUGGUUUCAGUGGAAGGUCAGGGGGACUUCUCAUCCUAGAAACAGACAGAUGACUCUGGGCCCUCAGGUAAGCAGCGAGCUUCUCCAAACUAACAGUCGUCACUCUGAAAAGAAUGAAGAGCUUACUUGGGCUUUUCAGAAAGCAUUUUUAGGAGAUUCUGGGCAUAUUUAUGCUUACAGUAUUCAGGCAAAUAGUCACUUUUCUUAUUAUCUAUACUUAAAGUAUACUUGCACAUUUUAAUAAAUUAACCACAAGAAAUAUCUGGAGGAUAAGGGGAGAUGAUCUUUAGAGGCAUCUAAUUUAUAGCCAGUCCUGUUAUUUUUUAAAGUGGGUUUUUAAAAGUCAAAUGGAACCCCAUCUCAUUUUAGGGACAUGAAGACUGAUCAGUGCAACUUCCUGGCUAGUGUUCUCUGCAGGCGUGAGCUCGUCCCGUAAGAAAGAAACCAGGCGUCUGUGGUUUCUGUCUUAUGCCUGCUGGCUACUGCAUAAGUCCUGUUUGGGGGCAGGGAGGGAGCCUUUGGUCCCUUGGACGUAAUACAGUCAAUGCACUAACAAUUAUGUACAUUUAAACUUGAUUAUUUUAAAUUGGAUCUUCAGCUGUACUGUAAAUAGGGUACUGCAAUGUAGUCUCCGUAUAUGUUUAUUACUUUUCUGUAAUAUUUAAGAGUUGCUUAAAGUAUACAAAAUGUACAGUUACUAAAAUAUCUAACUUGUCUUUCCCCUUUGAAAAGAAGGGGUUUCAGUUGUUCUUACAUGAGAAGAACCAUAAUAGACAAUAUUCCUGUAAUUUGUAACAUAAAUAUCGCGAUGUUAGUAACAAUCUUGCAACCUUGUUUUCCAAAGUUCAUUUUAUUUUGAUCAGUUUGGUAUAUUGCACUAAUUACUUUAGGAAUUUUCAUUAUAUGAAAUCUACCAUGUGUCAGAUGAUUUAAUCUAAGUGUCGGACUGCUAGCAGAACUUGUAAAUUACAGUCAUUCAGAAUUAGGAACAGUUCACCGUGUUUAGUUUUAUAUUGAGGUGCUCAGGUUGGAAUAAAGUGGUAUAAAAGCCAA